UAACGUUUUCCAAACUUGUCUUCGUUCGCUCAGGUUAUAAUAGUUUGUUACACCACAAUGUGUUUCAAGUUAAAGAGCUCAGAAAAACAUUUUGCAGAAUCCAGACAGAAUAGCAGGUAAAGAGCAAGGAAUGCGUGGCUAGACCUGUGGCAUGUCUGCCAGGCCUUUGACGCCUGACCCACCGAGCACUCAAGAUGACUAUGAUGAUGACUUUGGAGAUUUUGAAGCCACACCUCUUCGUGUUUGCCCACCGGACUCUGAUGAAAGUGUUGUGACAGAACCUGUUAAAUUCUCUAAGACAAAUGUGAAUAACAGCAGUAGUUCAGAUGGUACUGUGCAUACGAGCUGUGUGGCUGCGUCCUGUACGACUGGCAGUGAUUGUAUGCAGAGCAUUGACACUAUUUGUGCCUGUUCAAAGCCAGCUCAGGGUGACAGCACUAGCCAGGACUCCGGUCUGUGCACAUGCAGUCAGUCUUCGUUGUCUUUAGCAAAUUCUGUUCCUCCUGUUGGUGGUUCAUCACCUAAUGAGGCUCCAGACAUGGAAGAUGAAGAAGGGAAGUUUUCUCCAUCAAUACCUCAGAGGGAAGAUAGUUUUGAUGACUUUCAACAUGCCGGUGAAUGUGGUACAGUCUGCCAGGAAACCUUGCUACCUGUACUGCAUGAGGACAGUGAUGAUGAUGGAUUUGCCGAUUUUGAGUGUGCGGAAGCAGGCAGUGAGUUUGCAGACUUUUCGGCAGCAUUUCAAGAGGUUCCUGAGGGUGAAGAUAAGGGCGAAUGGGCCACAUUUGCUGCAAAUGAAGAGUCAGUGGAGACAUCUCCAGUUGUUGUCGACACUCAUCUCGAAGACUGCAGCACAGAAACAUUGGUGUGUAGAGCAUUUCCAGCUUCUGUACCAAUCAGAGAGGCCAACCUUUCAACAGAUACUGAUGUCAAGUCAUUGGAAGAGCACGAGGCACACAAAAGGUUGUGGGAGGACCUGCAGGACUUGGAUCAUGCCCCAUCACUUCGACAUCAAUGGGGGACAUCAUUGUCCUGCCAAUAUCUACUCAGGAGCCUCAACAUAGAUUCCAGGAAUAUUCUGCGCAAUCCUUCGGUGCCUCUCUUUGCAAUGCACUUGGGGAUGCUGGAGCCCCAGCGGGGGGACUCAGCUGCUGGGGGGACUUGCAUUGACUGUCCCCCGAGCCCCCCUUCUCACCAGGAGAGCAUUCCACCAGCACAAUUUGACUGGAGGUCAAGUGGUCUGGAGAACCCAUUAGAGCAGCCCUCUUCUUCCUCCCUGUUAGACCUGGAGUUCCUGUCAAGCCUCAGCCCUUCGGCAUCAACCCCACUCCGGACUUCCAGUCUUGAAGAAGAGUUCCUAAGUGAUUCUCCUGUGACUGUCAACGGUCCCAAGCUCCCCCCUCAGCUUCAGCAGCUUCUGGAAAGCAAGGCAUCGAAUAUGAGCACUAUGGGCCGGCCCACAGAACUGAGUACUGAGGCAAGACGUCUACUCGACCAGUUGCCAGAUUUAUCCUUCAUGAGGGCCACUGUUCUCAUGUUUCCUGUGCACCUGUGAUCAUCUUGUUGCUAACUGUAUUGGCUCUCAUUUUGGAUUGCUGUUUUCUUUUAGCUGUUGAAACAUCAUUAGAACUACUUCUCUGGGUCUGGAGCAGACCUGGUGUCAUUUUGUCUUUCUUCAUUGAGCAUAGGUGCAAUAAAUAUCAGCAACCCAAAUAAGAGCAGAAUGGCACAAAUUAUUCCAAAUUUGGCAUUACAUCAGAUGAACAGUUUUUCCUUCAGCUGACUGACUUAGUGGCUGUUUUAGUUGCCUUGGCUGUGCCAUUUUUAUGAACAUUCAAGUAGCCAGAACACAGAUGCCUAUUUCAGUUAUUUUCCUGUACCAGGCUUCUUGAAGGAGCACUUGUGGUGUGCCCCUAUGUUGACAGUGACAUAUUCUACAGCAAAUAAAAUGAGCUCCUGCGGCAACAAUGAGCA